ACUCUGCAGCCUGGCGAGCAUCACAACAAAAAACGCGCGAAGGUUGUCAAACACAAGACCCAAAACAGCGCGGUGAUAACAUCCUCACCAGCAGCGGACCGCAUCCUUCUAGCCACAGUAAACACUCGGAACACACGCGCACAAACAUGCUUUUUGAGGAUCAACACAUGUCUGUCGACAACACGCCGCAGAAGGGCAGCGGUAGCCUAAAUUCCUCGGCAUCCUCCAUAUCGAUCGAUGUGAAGCCCACGAUGCAAAGCUGGGCACAGGAGGUCCGAGCAGAGUUUGGCCACAGCGAUGAGGCCUCCAGUUCCCUAAACAGCAGCGCUGCUAGCUGUGCCUCUUUGAUCAAAAGGGAGCAAGCUGAGGUCAAACUGGAGCCCAUCGAAGGCGAGGGUCGGGAGAUGGCCUUCGAGUUCCUGGACGGCGUCAACGAAGAGAAGUUUGAGCGUCUUGUCAAGGAGGAAAAGCUAAAGACGCCCUAUAAGCGCCGCCACUCGCAAACGCCGCCCAGCAAUGAAAUAAGUCGCUCCAACAGUCCGAACAGCAGCAAUUCCUCGGCCAACGGUGAUGCAGCUGCCACCAAGAGUGGCAACAACCCGCGCCCAAAAAACCACAACAAGAGCGGCAACUUCCGAGGCCACAAGGAGGAGAAGCGGGUGCGCCACAACAGCUACACAUCCUCCACCUCGUCCUCCUCCUCCUAUACUGAAACCGAUCCUGCCGUUCUGGCUCGCCGUCAAAAGCAAAUAGACUAUGGCAAGAAUACAGCUGCCUACGAGCGUUACUUGGAAAUGGUGCCAAGGGCUGAGCGGGCUCGCGAGCAUCCUCGCACUCCAAACAAAUACGGAAAGUACAGCCGCCGUGCCUUCGAUGGUCUCGUUAAGAUCUGGCGCAAGAGCCUACAUUUCUACGAUCCUCCCACUCAGCAAAAGGCCACAGCUAGCAACUCCGACUCGGACUCGGACUAGAAUCUUGUUAACGGGCCGGGAAACUUAUUUCAAAUAUUAAUUGGGGGUUCACCUACAUAUAUCAGUCUAAGUAAGAUUUUGAGCUAAAAAAAGUAUGAAUCAAACACACAUUUUCAAGUUACAAGGUCGUGCAAAGAAUUGUUACCACAGAUGUUUUGUUGAAUAAAAUGGCGUCUUACAAGAUCCUUGUUAUUUUCUACCUUUUGCUACCUGAGAAGGUCCUUGGCAUUUGGAUAGAAAAAUACGUCAAAUUUUCCAGAGA